AGUAUGUUUGCUCUGGUCCUGGGCCCAGUCUCCUUGUCACCAGAUCUCUGGAGCAGCAUACAAGGCCCUGUCUCUGUUCUCUGUGGACAGCUUCUCCACCUCCAUGCUGCCGCCUCACAUAAUUGCAGACUUUGUGAAAGAGGCGACAACCCAGGCUGAAAAGAAGGACGAUUCUAAUGUCACUGUGGACAGCCUGUACCCUUCUGUACCACCUGUGUGUUACAUAAGACUGCUGACCUCUCUACAGUCUGCAGUGCUCAAUGAUUUUUCAGCUUUUCUCACCUCUGUGGUGAGUCGUGAAAUAAACAAUUUACCAAGAGGAAUUUAUAACUCUGCUCGUAUUCGAGGUGUUACGUCCAAUCAGAACAAGGCAUUAACUGCUAUCCCAGCAUUCUUGGCCAUUCAGUACGAAAAGUGUAAACAGCCAGGUCUACGCCCAGCAUUGGCAGCAAGCCAGCUGUUUUGUUUUGACGCGCCACUUGAAGUUGGUCGUGGUGGACGACCUAGACAAAGACAUUUUAUGGACAGACGGAAGAAGUUCCUGGCGCAGCUUUCAGCUCUCCUACAGGAGGUACCCAUCCAGCCUUCAGAAUGGCACAGAAGCAUGUCUCUGCCCAGGGGCUGGUCAACAUUCAUGGACAGGGUCUACACUGCUGUCGUACAGGGGAGAGAAGCUGAGAUUGAGCUACAGGCACGACAUGAACAACUUCAUCCAGAUGACGCGUUGGAAAAGAAAAAAUCGGCGUGGCUUUGGGCAAGGGACUUGUUAGUUGAUUCCAUUAGAGGAGCAUCAAGAGGCAAUCCAACCUGUCAAGCCAACUGUGUAUUUGCCUUAGCUGGGUUGACAGCCACAGUGAAUAACUAUUCUACUGGUCUGGAUCCAGAAGACUUAAAAAAUGUCAGCCACGAGCACAUGAGCCAUUCUCAUUGGUUGGCUGUUGUCAUGGAUACCCUGAUGUCCUUGAUGGAUGUAAAGUUUCAGCCAAGUGGUCAGCUACUGGGCAUGUGUCAGCAGAGAGGUGUCAUUGACCGACAGGAGGCCAGUGUGUUGGCAAGAUCCGCUGCUAGUGUGGCAAUCGCACAGGUCAUCCCAGCGGUAAUGACCUUUGACACAGACAGAAUAUACAAGAUGAUAGACAUGCUGAAGGCGGGGUUACCAGGCCGUGCCCCUGGCAGCCUGUCAGGAGUCUUACAGUCUUACAGUGGGCUGGGCUUGGGGAUGCUUCUGGCUCGACUGUUUGAGGAACACUUCACUGAUGUGGGAGGCACAAAGGGAAUGACAGAGGUGUGGAAAGCUCUGGAUGUUCUGGAACAGUGCUGUCUACAGUCUACAGCUGACCACAGACAAGGCAGCAUGCUUGGUCUGGGCGUGGCCUUGGGGUCUCUAUGUGCUGAUGGGAGGACAGAUUCCAGAGUCCAUGUUCUAUCACUACAUGAUAAACUGUCGGCCAUGUUGGAUUCUCUCUCAACCAAUGAGGACACAUUUCAGACCUGCUGUGUUUCUCUGGCCACUUUGAGUUCCUCAGCAUUUUCAGCCAAUAUCUUAUCAUCUGACAAUGUAACAAAGGUGUUGGAGAAGUUAACAUCUCUGAGUGGGAAACAUUCCAAGAAUGCUGGUUUGUGUCUCUCCGUUGGCAUGCUUGGCUAUAGCCUUGCUGUAAAUGGUCAUCCAGCAGCAGCGUCAGGCAAUGAACAGCGAGCCCUGGAAUGGCAGAAGCAGUUGUCUGCAGAGGAUGUGUCAUCGCUGCAGAAGGUGGCAGUGUUGACAGGAUUGACAGCGCUGUGUGGCUCAGAGAGGUUCUGGACACAGGUUUCAAGUUCUGGUGCUUCAGAGGUGAAGGACACAUAUUCUGCUGAUGUCAUCAGUAUGUGUAGACAGAUAGUUGAGAGUCAUGGAGAUCUGGGUAUACAGGGAGCUGGAGCCUGGCUGUUAGGACAUCUCCAUUUAUCAGCCUGUAAUGUCACAGAAACAAGGACGAGUGCCCCAUCCAGCUUCUCUUACCUGCCUGACACUAGUGUGAUCAGAGCUGUGGUAGACUUCCUGCUUGAGGCUGGCAAACAAGGACCAGACGUCAUUCCAUCAAAGUUAGUGGAAAUUUGCCUUUCCUCACUGCUGGAAAAUGUGAAGCAGGUGCUGCCCCCUGUCAACUGGACUGGGCUCCUCUCCCCAUUGAUGAGGUGGAACUUUGGUGGCAAUGUUGCCUGUCUAUGCCUAAGACUGGCUAUAUCACAGAGCAUUGCAUCCUCUGCAGCUGCCUUGUUCGUCACCACCUGGCUGGCACAGUCUCUUUUUAACUCUUUACAUGAAACCUGUAAACAGGCAGUGUUUAUCUCCUUACCCAAGCUCAUCAAGUCCAUCUCACCCUCCAUCCUGAAGAAGUUCUUGGUACGCCCAUGUGCUGAACAAUUCACAGCAAGCCCACCCAAAGGGGAGAACUGUCAAGUGAUUCUGCAGGGUCUUCUUGGGGCUCUCCAAGUACCAGAUCCUCCUGAAGCAGUUACCUCCCUUCUGUAUGAAGCUACAGAACUGUUCUACAGCAUCCUACCCAAAACUUUGCAGCUGGGCAUGUACAGUCUGAUGUGUGACUGUUUGGCUGAGUUACCAGAUGAACGCUUUGACCUAAUUGUUGUCGAGGACUUUACUGAUCCAGCCAAUCAUAUCAGAGGAACAUAUGUACGGUGCCACCUGGUGGCCAAAGGGAAACAACCUGUAGCUUUACUGAAUGGCUGCAUUGAUGCCACCAUGAAUAUUCCUCAGUGUGACAAGUGUACCGUAUUGAGCAUGUUGGCUCAGUGCUUUUACCAGACCUCUCUGACAACUGUCCAGAUGACAUCAGCCAUACCCAGGCUCCAGUGGCUCUUAGAGCUGAUGGGGCACACAAAGAAUAUAGCUGUGGAGGCUUUGCCCCUCAGAGUGGAGAACAGUGACCAGGCACUACCACAGGCUGUAGAGUUUGGUCUCCAGUGUGUGGCAGCAGCAAUAUGCUUGUGGACAUCCCCUGUGUUUGGAGGAGUGGUUGGUGUACAGUCAGGAUGGUUCUCCUCUCCAUCACCAGGGGUCCAAUCAGAUGUGGAGUGUGUGAACUAUGACCCCAGUUUACCUUACUUUCCGGCACUACUUCCAGCAUAUAUUGAGCGUUUCAACAGAGCACCUUGGGAUCAGAUUCUUGGAAAGGUGUUGGACUGGCUGUGGGUAUUCUCCCAGCUGCCAGAUCAGAAGCUCUCCCCUGAGAGUAAACAGCACUGUGUAGCUGCCAUGUUGGCAUUGCGACACACUCAGGAUUUUAGGAAAAAUGUGACGUGGACGAAAGUGUUGGUGCAAACAAAAGGAGACACCAAAACUGACUUAUUUUAAAUUUUAUUGUGUGUGAUGCAUUCGCAGAUAUGCUGUACAUAUCAGAAUAUUUCUUGGACUAACUAGUUCAUCCUGUGAAGGCAGUUGUAUGUAUUAUCAUCUUAACUGAAUGCUGGAGUUGUGUGGAUGUUAUCCUCUGUGUAUUACUCACUGGCAGUAUUUGUGUUCAGUCCUGAAAGCUAUUUCAGGAUUAUAACACUUGCAUAACCAAACAUGUAAUAAUAAUGAAAUAGUGUACAUCUAUGCUUAAAAGUGGGUAACAACUUCCUCUGAAAUUGUUUUCAUUUUUACAAAGAAAAAGUUGCAUGUCCAGAAUUGAAAUCCAUAAAGCUGGUGUUUUUAUUGUACAUGUACUUGUAGUGAAGCAGCACAUCAUGGAGUGUAUCACUGUACUGUACAUUCUCCCAGAUUGUAUACAGGAAGUUUCCCAAUACAAUUUAGUUGUCAACGAACUGACAAUCAUUGGCACUAAUUUGAGAAUUAUUAAGUGAGUGACCCGAAACUUGUACAGUGGUUCAUACGCAACAUGAGGUUGAUUUCGGGCAUUUGUUGAUUACAUUGAUCAAGUAGUCCGAACUGUAACUCAACACGCUUGCAAUUGGUCGACUGCCUUCAAAUUCAGGUUGUGUCUUCAUUUCAGUGAAGACAAUCCGGGGGUAUAUUUACGUGUACAGUUGUGUGGAUAAACCAUAUCCGCUAGUGUGGACAUCUUCCAGGUCAUAACUUUGUAACCGACUGUCUUCAAACCAGAGCAGUCAUGCGAAAACAGUGGAUCAGAGGAUGACGGGGAUUGCCUGGAUGUCUUCAGGGAAAUUGUUACAACUGAUGACAAAAUGUAAUAGCAGAGCACAUGUAUAUGCACAAGGAACAUAUCCUUUUUAUGGUACUUCCAUUAGGGACAUAGACUUCAGUGGUGUAUUUUGAUAAUUAAUCAUUUAAUAACAAGUGACCAUUGUGUUUAUAUGUUUGCGCACCUGCGUGUACUGUAAACCGACAGUGUAAUUACCGCUGAUCAUAUGUGUACGAUGCACGCUACCCAUAGCAAUAUGAGCUUCCAAAUGAGAUUGUAUCAUUACAGUACUACCUACAUGAUCUAGGUAAAAUCUGCUUAGUUAGUGGUUGGAUAAUCGUCAGUAGUUAUUGCACGGGUAAUAUUACCAGAAAAAAUGUACCACAACAGUAACAAAUAAACA